AUGGGCCGUUGGACCAAUGGGACUUCGGACCAAUGGGAGGAGAAGACAGCCUCUACGCGGCCUCUUCUACUAGUAGCUGUUUCAGUGAAACUAAUGUCUUCACCCCGCUCCCAGCAACCUCAACAUCCGAGGCAGCACGCAUCCUUUUCAGGACGGGCGGACCUAUCCAUCGAAAGCCUCCAAAUCCUGCAACUCAACAUCGAAGGGCUCACCAUCGCCAAGCUCGACGUCUUUGAACAGAUUACCACCAAGAACAAGGCAACUGUCGUCCUACUCCAGGAAACACACAAGAAGAACGAUGCCAUCCUUAAGCUCCCCGGCCAAUGCGCAGAUGAUGAUGCUGAAACCGAGUGGAUCGCCACCAAGGUGCAGGAGACCACUGUGGUGAACGUCUACAAGCCACCACCGAGCCGACUAGAUCAAGGCUCACUGCCAGACGUCCCUGCCCCAGCCCUGUAUGCCGGCGAUUUUAACAGCUGGCAGACCGACUGGGGGUAUAAGACAAUCAACAAAGACGGCGAGUUUCUGGCAGAUUGGGUCCUCCUCAGCCGACGCAGUGCUCCUCUUCGACCCGAAGGAGCCCCACUCGUUCAUCUCCGGACGCUGGAACACCAAGUCCAACCCAGACCUGGCCUUCGGCAAAGUUUCCGGGCAAGAACCACUGCCACAUCGGCGCAUCUUGGAGUGAUUCCCUCGCACACAACAUCACCCAUCACUAAUCACAACACCAUCACUGAUCCAGUCGACGGAGGGAAAACCAGUCCGGAGGUGGAACUUCCGCAAGGCGAACUGGGCAAACUUCGCACGAGAUGUCAACACCGCUGCCGAAGCCCUGCCAGUGCCUACCGCCACCAACAUCGACUUCGCAUACGAGGCCUACCGCAAGCCAAGAGCAACGUUGAGAGGGCCACAGCCGCCACAGAUCUCCUUAACCGGCUGAAAACCAAACGGAGAGAGAGGUGGACAGAGACCGUCGAGUCAAUCGACUCUACCCACUCCAGCCGACGAGCGUGGCAGACCAUCAACAAGCUGACUGGCCAGGGAACCAAACCAAAACCAUGCCCCAUCACUGUAGACGCCAUCGCAGCACAGCUCAUCAGCAAUGGCAGGUUCCCCAACGCAGACAAGGCCUUCACCAGGAAGAUUACCGGCGAGGUGAAUGACCUACGGAGGGCCCCGUGCGCCGACCGCAACCUCUCGGGAGACUUCACCAACGACAAGAUUGUGUCAGCUUUGAAACAUCUGAAGCCAAACAAAGCAGCCGGGAUCGACAACAUCCACCCAGAGUUCAUUCUACAUCAGGGCAGCCAAGCCACUGAGCGGCUAAGAUCCUUCUGCUCUGUCUGCUACCGCUCCUCCAAGCUCCCGAAGAUCUGGUGCCGCGCAAAGGUCAUUGCCCUCCCGAAGCCAAGCAAGCCGAUGGAUGACCCAAAGGGAUACUGGCCCAUUGCCCUUCUGUGCGUGCCGAAGUCCACGGUAGACCAGGUGACCCUUCUCACUCGGGAUAUCAAGGACACAUUCCAGAAAGGUGAGAAGGCGGGCGUCGUCCUCCUCAAUCUAAGGGCGGCGUACGACACAGUCUGGCUCCGCGGACUCCAUCUUAAGCUCCUACAGACGAUUCCGGACCGACACAUGGUGGGCUUCAUCAUGGAGAUGCUGAGCAACCGCAGCUUCACCCUCCACACCAGCGAUGGCCAACACAGCAGGCUGAGAAGACUCAAGAAUGGCAUCCCCCAAGGCUCGGUACUAGCCCCGAUGUUGUUUAAUAUCUACAUCCACGACCUCCCAGACACCCUGAUGAGCAAGUAUGGAUAUGUAGACAACCUUACCAUCAUGUUCGCCGACAAGGGCUGGGAGACAAUCGAAUCGGGGCUCAUGGCCGACAUGGACACCUUGUCCACGUAUUUGUCGAACUGGCACUUGAAGCUCUCUGUGGCCAAAACCAUGUCCUCCGCAUUCCAUCUCAACAACAGAGAGGCAAGCCGCGAGCUCAACAUCAUCGUCAACAACAACAGACUCCAGUUCCAAGCCACUCCGACAUACCUAGGGGUCAAGCUCGAUCGCACGUACCCUGACGUACCGCCAACACCUAGGAAAUGUGUCAGCAAAGACAUCAGCCCGCGUUGCCCUCAUAAGACGGCUAGCUGGCACUGCGCAUCUCCACCCAAGCGCUGGUCUUCUCCGCUGCCGAGUAUUGUGCCCCAGUCUGGUGUUGCUUGGGAAUGA